AAGCUGUGUUUUUUCCCCUGAAUUCCUGCAAGUGACGCACCAACCCGUCACACUCUCAACCAGAGCGUCGUUCUGCGGCCAUGGUAACAUCUGCUUGUAACGGACUGGCACGGAGUAGAACAGAAAUAAGUGUUUCAAGCUGAGCAACAUGAAUUUAACGGAAAUCUGUGACAAUGCCAAGAAAGGGCGAGAAUAUGCUCUGCUUGGAAACUACGACUCUUCCAUGGUGUACUACCAGGGCGUGAUCCAACAGAUCCACAAGCACUGUCAGUCACUUAGAGAUCCCACUCUGAAGGUCAAAUGGCAACAGGUGAGGCAGGAGCUGAUGGAGGAGUACGAGCAGGUGAGGAGCAUCGUGAGCACCCUGGAGAGCUUCAAGGUGGACAGGCCUGUGGACCUCCCCGCCCCGCAGCAGGACGAGGGCCCGCGGGACCCCACCGUCUGGCCGCCUCCCAUACCUGCUGAGCACAGAGCGCCCGUCCCGGUGAAGCGACCCAACACCGCGGCCAAGCCCCAGAGGAAGGACUCGCCCGGGCUGCAGCACCGCGGGCCGAUGGGGCGGGCCCAGCCUGUCUCUAAGGCCGAAAAACCCGGGGCCCGGGACGCCAAGGGGACCAAGGGCAAGGAGGACAAGAAUAAGAAGAACGCCCAGGAGGGGGCGGGAGAAGGCGAGCUCAGGAAGUUUGACAGCGCGGGGUACGACAGCGACUUGGUGGAGGCCCUGGAGAGAGACAUCGUGUCCCGGAAUCCCAACGUGCACUGGGAUGACAUCGCUGACCUGGAGGACGCCAAGAAGCUGCUGAGGGAGGCGGUGGUGCUGCCCAUGUGGAUGCCGGAUUUCUUCAAGGGCAUCCGGCGACCGUGGAAGGGGGUGCUGAUGGUCGGCCCCCCCGGCACGGGGAAGACCAUGCUGGCCAAGGCCGUGGCCACAGAGUGCGGCACCACCUUCUUCAACGUCUCCUCCUCCACCCUCACGUCCAAGUACAGGGGCGAGUCCGAGAAACUGGUGCGGCUGCUGUUCGAAAUGGCCCGGUUUUACGCCCCGACCACCAUCUUCAUCGACGAGAUCGACUCCAUCUGCGGACGGCGCGGCACGUCGGACGAGCACGAGGCCAGCCGGCGGGUGAAGUCCGAGCUGCUGGUGCAGAUGGACGGUGUCGGGGGUGCGCUGGAAAACGACGACCCCUCCAAAAUGGUCAUGGUGCUGGCCGCCACCAACUUCCCCUGGGACAUCGACGAGGCCCUGAGGAGAAGGCUGGAGAAGAGGAUCUACAUCGCUCUGCCAACAGCCAAGGGCCGGGCGGAGCUUCUGAAGAUCAACCUGCGGGAGGUGGACUUGGCGCCCGACGUGGAUCUGGCGCUCAUCGCUGAGAAGAUCCAGGGCUACUCCGGAGCGGACAUCACCAACGUCUGCAGGGACGCCUCCAUGAUGGCGAUGAGGCGACGCAUCCAGGGCCUGAGCCCGGAGGAGAUCCGCGCCCUGUCCAAGGACGAGCUCCAGAUGCCCGUCACCAUGGAGGACUUCGAGCUCACGCUCCGGAAGAUCUCCAAGUCCGUCUCCGCCACCGACCUUGAGAAGUACGAGUCCUGGAUGGCCGAGUUCGGCUCCGUGUAGCGCCGGGGGGUGGAGGGGGCUCGGCCUUGGGGGGGGGGAGCGCACGGGCCAGGACUGCGUCUCCCGCGGAAGGUUCCGGAAUCUCGCCUUUCCCGAGCCCGGAGCUGCUCUCCGUGCCAGGCCGGGUUAUUAUUACUUGAAAACAAAAAAAAAAAGACUGUGUCAUCUUUAUGUUCUGUAUUACGGACUAACGUUUUAAUUUUAGAGGUGCCCGAAAGGGGCUUGAGGCCUGAAGUGUUGUGUGUGAACGGUUAUGCUUGGGUUGUUUUCUUUUGUUCUUGUUGUUGUUUUUUUUUUAGAAGCCUCUGGAAGAGAAACCAGCCGAUUUUAGCACCUUUCCCCUCCUAGUCUCUAAAAAUGCACUAAUAACUUAUUUGAACACUGGACACGUGAUGAGCCGUGUUAUCACUUCCUUCAUUUUUAACGUAAUUUUUAUUGUGUUGUUAUGGGUGUCCUUUUUUUGUUGUCGUCGUUCUUUUCUUCGUGUUGAAUGUGUGAGAACACCAGCAGAAUCCCCAGAAGAUGCCCCAGCAUUAGGUACUGAGGGGGGGUUAUUUUGGGUGAGGCGACUGCGCCGUGUCCUUUGUGAGCUCUGCCUCUGAAUGUCAUUGACGAAAAUAAAUAAAAAACGGAUUGUGCAGAGCGAAGAACAGCCA